AUGUUCGUGUCGUCGAUCACCUCCAACACAUCGAGUGCUGUCUACUUUGCACCCACAAACCCGUCCGACACUUCGCCCUUCAUCGAAAAUGGCUAUCCGUCGACGGGUUUCAUUGCCUUGAACUCGGCCCUGGUCUUCCUCAUGACCCCCGGUCUCGGCUUCUUCUACUCGGGAAUGGCCCGCUCAAAGAACGCCCUCCAUCUCAUCAUGGCCUGCUAUCUCGCCAUCGCCAUCGUGACCAUCCAGUGGGUCCUGUUCGGGUUCAGCCUUGCCUUCUCCGAAUCAAGCGGUCCGUUCAUCGGCAACUUUGCAUUCGGAGGCAUGACGGGUGUCGGCGCCAACGCUCUCGCCGUUGCUGCACCGAGUGUUCCGGCGGUCGCAUUUGCGCUCUAUCAGCUCCAGUUCGCAACCAUCACAGUGGCGCUGAUCUUUGGCUCAGUUGCCGAGCGCAUCCGACUCCUUCCGGCCAUGUUCUUCAUCUUCUUCUGGACCUCGCUCAUCUAUGAUCCCGUUGCCUAUUGGACAUGGGGUGCUCACGGAUGGAUCAAGAAUAUGUCCUGCCUCUCGACGACGGCUGCUUCGGCUGUACCCUGCGGCUACGGCGGCUACGACUACGCCGGCGGCGGUCCUGUCCACAUCGCCUCUGGCUUCAGCGGUCUUGCCUUUGCAAUCUUCCUGGGUAGCCGCAAGCACGUCGAAAACUUCAAGCCACACAACAUCCUCAACGUCUUCCUUGGAACAGCUCUCCUGUGGUUCGGUUGGUUCGGUUUCAAUGGAGGCUCCGCCAUCUCUGCCACUCCCCGUGCCGCCAUGGCUGCUUUCGUUACGACAAUUGCAACCUGCGCUGGCGCCAUGUCGUGGCUGCUCUACGACUUUGUCAACAACAGAAAGCUCUCCGGCCUUGGCUUCUGCUCCGGCGCCGUUGCGGCUCUGGUCGGAAUCACCCCGUCGUCUGGAUUUGUGGCUCCGUGGGCCGCCCUGGUGAUCGGGGCCGUCUCCGGUGUGGUCUGCAACCUGUCGUGCCACAUCAAGGUCAAGUUUGGAUUCGACGACUCGCUCGAUGCGUGGGGUGUCCACGGCGUCGGCGGCUUUGUCGGCAACAUCAUGACGGGAGUGUUUGCACAAGCCUGGAUCGCCACACUCGACGGAACAUCGAUUCCCGGCGGAUGGAUGGACGGCAACUGGAUCCAAGUCGGAUACCAGCUUGCAGGAUCAAGUGCGAUUGCAGCAUACUCGUUUGUUGGCACAUACUUGAUCCUGUACCUGCUCGACUUGAUUCCCGGACUGGACUUCCGACCCACCGAGGAAGAAGAGAAGAAGGGCGGCGACAUUGCGUGUAUGGGCGAGACGGCGUAUCAGAUCCUCGAGGCCGUCGGCAUCGACCCAUCGCUCCCUGGUCCGUUCAACAACGUCACGCUCAUCCCUGGACCUCUCGUGCCGCUCAAGGAGGAGGAUGAGGAUCCCACCGAAAUCCAUGUCCCUUCGCGCCGACAAAGCAUCAUCGCCGACCUCUCGAGCACCACUCUGACCAACAUCAAGAUCGCCGGAGCUGCCCAGCCUGUCGAGGAUCUCCACAUCACUCGUGACGUUAGUCGCUCGGUCAACGAUGUCAACCGUGCCAUCAACGAUCGCCACGUCAACGUCUAUGCCGUCUACAACCGUGGUCGAGCCACCUAUACUCGCGGAUAG